CGGGGGAGGCGGGCGGGGAGGGCGGGAGGGUGCGAGGGGCGGCCGGCGGUGCCUCCGUACGAGCCCGGCCCGGCCCGGCCCGGCCCGCCCUGCCCUGCCCUGCGCGCUCCGCCGGCCGCGGGGAUGCUCCCGGUGGGGGAGGAGUCUCCAAAGUCUACCAAAAGCACCACAAAGCCUGGCGGCAGCACCAGCAGCAGCAGCAGCAGCGGCAGCAGCAGCAGCAGCAGUAGCGGGAAGGAUGGUGGGGCAGAGAAUUCAGAGGAGGCCCAGCAGCCUCAGCAGCAGCCGCAGCAGCCACAGCAGCAGCCACAACAGCAGCCAACUUCAAAUAAGCGGCCCAGUAACAGCGCUCCCCCCCCAACCCAGCUGAAUAAAAUCAAGUACUCAGGGGGACCCCAGAUUGUGAAGAAGGAGCGCCGGCACAGCUCUUCCCGUUUCAAUCUGAGCAAAAACCGGGAACUGCAAAAACUCCCAGCCCUCAAAGAUGCUCCUCCACACGAACGAGAAGAGCUUUUCAUCCAGAAGCUGCGGCAGUGCUGUGUUCUUUUUGACUUCAUCUCUGACCCCCUCAGUGACCUGAAGUUCAAGGAGGUGAAGCGAGCAGGUCUCAAUGAGAUGGUGGAAUACAUCACACACAACCGUGAUGUUGUCACCGAGGCCAUCUAUCCUGAAGCUGUUAUCAUGUUUUCAGUGAACCUCUUCCGGACACUUCCACCAUCGUCCAAUCCCACAGGAGCAGAAUUUGACCCUGAAGAAGAUGAGCCUACAUUAGAGGCUGCCUGGCCACACCUUCAGCUGGUGUAUGAGUUCUUCCUCAGGUUCCUGGAAUCGCCUGACUUUCAACCAAAUGUAGCCAAGAAAUACAUUGACCAGAAGUUUGUGCUAUCUCUGCUGGAUCUCUUUGACAGUGAAGACCCCAGAGAACGAGACUUCCUAAAAACUAUUCUUCACAGGAUCUAUGGGAAGUUCCUGGGUCUGAGAGCAUAUGUGAGGAGGCAGAUCAAUAAUAUAUUUUACAGGUUCAUCUAUGAAACAGAACACCACAAUGGGAUUGCAGAGCUACUGGAGAUCCUGGGAAGCAUAAUCAAUGGGUUUGCUUUGCCUCUGAAGGAAGAGCACAAAAUGUUCCUCAUCAGAGUUUUGUUACCACUGCACAAAGUGAAGUCUCUCAGUGUGUACCAUCCUCAGCUGGCAUACUGUGUUGUACAGUUCUUAGAGAAAGACAGCAGCUUGACAGAGCCGGUGAUUGUGGGCUUGCUGAAGUUCUGGCCCAAAACUCACAGUCCCAAAGAGGUGAUGUUUUUAAAUGAGCUGGAAGAGAUCCUGGACGUGAUUGAGCCAUCUGAGUUUGUGAAGGUUAUGGAGCCCUUGUUCAGGCAGUUGGCAAAGUGUGUCUCCAGCCCACACUUCCAGGUGGCAGAGCGAGCACUGUACUAUUGGAACAAUGAAUAUAUCAUGAGCCUGAUCAGCGAUAAUGCAGCCAAAAUCCUCCCCAUCAUGUUUCCAGCACUCUACAAGAACUCCAAGAGUCACUGGAACAAGACAAUUCAUGGGCUGAUCUACAAUGCACUGAAACUCUUCAUGGAGAUGAACCAAAAGCUUUUUGAUGACUGCACACAGCAAUACAAGGCAGAGAAGCAGAAGGGAAGGUUCAGGAUGAAGGAACGAGAAGAAAUGUGGCAGAAAAUAGAGGAGCUGGCUCGGUUGAACCCCCAGUACCCCAUGUAUUAUGCACCUCUACCCUUGCCUUCUGUGUGCUGUAUGGAAACGGAGACCCCAACUGCAGAGGAUAUACAGCUGCUGAAGAAAACGGUGGAGACGGAGGCUGUGCAGAUGCUGAAAGACAUUAAGAAGGACAAAGUUUUGCUGCGCCGGAAGUCUGAGCUUCCACAGGACGUCUACACUAUAAAAGCCUUGGAGGCCCACAAGAGAGCAGAAGAGUUUCUCACCUCAAGCCAGGAGGCUCUCUGACGGGCUCAGGAGCUGGCCCAGGAAGCUCUGCCCCAUCCCUUUCCUCCAGGGGUCAUGGAAAUGCACUCGGUUCUCAUGUAUAAGUAAGGAAUGAACAUGGUGAGCUGUGCCUGUCCUCCACUCCAUCUGCAUACCUCCAGGGUAGAUCUGGUUUUAUGUUAUAACUUGUAUCUCACCACUGUCCUGUCCUCCUGCUUUUUCUCCAUCCUCCUGCUUUUCCACCUUGGCUGUGCAGGCAUGAAGGGAGCCUGCCUGACCUCUGCUUGUAUCAGUCCAGGCAGGACUCACUUCACUGUGAGCUGUCACCUGAUUCUUACUCUGCCAGGAAGCCAGAGCCUUGCUCAGGCUCUGUGUUGGGCAGAGCCUGCCAUGCAUGGCUCAGUGUGCUACUCCAAACUCCAAGUGCCCAUCUCCGCCACACCUGCCCCCAUGCUGCCUGUGCAGCUGCACCCUGCCAGAGGCCAGACUGAGCUUGGGGCAGAAGCAGAGUUUGUGAGGCUCUGCUGCCUCUCCAGCCUGCCUUGGGGUGCAGCUCCACAGCUGAAGGGUCUUAAUGUACAGCGGAGGAAAUGUUUACUUCCACCUUUCUUUUGCUACAAGCCCCUUGUUCUGUUCCCGUCAGUGGAGUGGGGGUUCAGUGCUUUGCCACCCCCAGUUAAGCUGGGUGCAAGCACUACAUACUAUUGCAGUCCUCCCUUUAGAGCAUCCUUAGAAGCUCUCUUGUGAGAAAGUGAAUUCCUUCUGCUGUUUGUGUUGGUCCGUGCUGACUCAUCUCCUUCCCGAUGUCUCGGGUUAAUUGUGGGCCCAGAACUAACUUCCCGCUUUGUAGCAGGUAUCAGCCACUGACUUCUACUUUCUUCCUCUACCUGCUCAAUUAAAAUACUCCUGCAGCUCUCCCUUUGUCUCUGUAUCCCAUCCUUAGCUCUUCAGGGCCAGGGUUUCUAGGAAGCUUGUGCUGCUAGUCAUUUCCGCAAGCUAGUGGAAGCAAUGGAUACACCUCAUGGGGUGUGGCUGAGUUUGAGUGUUCAGUUGUCGCCUCAUUAUUAUCAAUGGCUAAGCACUACUGCUGAAACGCUUCGGUGGGUGCUCUGAGCAAAAUUCACCUGUCCUGUUAUGUUGGUAUCUGCUGUGGCUGGAGCCCUUGUUAGUUAUCACAUGGUGCAUCAGGGACUCCUGCUAACUUAAGCAUUUAGAAACACUUGCUGAUAGCCCAGGGGCUUGCCCAGCACUUGGGUGCUACUGUGAUCCAGCUUUCACCCCUGUUGUUUGUGGUGCAGAUUUAGUGCCAGGCCAAGGUGCCACCUCAGAGGCUGGUUUGUCAUAGAGAGGGAGUCUCUGCUUCUUAGCUGCUGCACCUGCUUUCUUGGCACAUAAGUUUAAGUGGGUUUGCAGUAGUGCAGGGAGCCUGCGGGGUUGGUGCUAGCCUGAUACUGCUUUGCAACAGCACAGGAUGUUGAAGAAGGUUCUGGUGUAUCUGCUUGUCCUCACCAGUAAACCAUUCCCAGGUCAGAGGAUCAGCCCCUCUAAUCUUUCUGCUGGUGUGCAGCACAUCUUUACUCCAAUCCCAGCGAGGCUGUUUUGACCUGUGUAUCCUGCAUCCCUGCCCUGUGUAGCUCUCUCCGGGCUCAGCCCUCACCAGGAAUGCCACCAUCUCUUGGGAGGAGCUGGCAGGUGCAUGUGUGAGAUCCCCCCCAGUCACGCAGGACCCCACCUCCCUUCCGCCUCACACAACGGGCCAGUUCGUCAGGAGACUUCAGAAACACCUCAGGGAGGUUAUUGCUUAUUUUGAACAUUAGUCUGAGCUCAUGAUCAGCUGCCAAUCAAUUACCUCACACCUGGCACAGCAUGUGGAUGUGCACCGGGUGGUGCCGAUGGUGCCGGAGCAGCACAGCGGAAAUGAGGGCUGCCAGGCUCGGGCUGGGCAGGAGGCUCCUUCCUGUUUCAGCACAGGCUCUCCAACUGGCUGCUUAGCAUUGCGCUGUAAGCCAAGACCUCAUUUUUAGAUUGCUACAGCAUGGUGUGCCCUCACUUGAGCCUGCUUGCUGCUGGGCAGUGGCUGCCUUUCCCCGCUGUGGGCUGCUCUGCCUGCAGAGGGAACAGAAUCUUGUGGUGUGCAGACUGGCACUGUCCUGUAGAUGAUCUGUCUCUGCUGGCAGUCGCCGACCCUGGCCAGAGGAAUGCUGCUGGGGUUGUGCCACAUGCAGGGGCAGGAUUGUAACACAUCAUGAUUACGUGCUGUACAGCUUUGUGAUGUUCCCAUAGCUUUUUGUGUCUUGUUUUGGGUCAGGGAACUUAGGCUUAGUACCUUCACAUCAUCCUUUGUUUGCUGCCUAUUCAUUCCAGUGUCCUGGACACCUCAGAAGGGGACCAUGUGAGACAGGGGGGAGUGUGCUCACCCUCUCACCACAUGUACUGCUCAUAGGCAGACCUGCAUCUGCCACGCUACAGCUGCCCCUCGCUCAAUACUUGGUUUCUAGCAUUAGUGCUGCUCAUUUCUGCCUACGCCUUUCCCCACAUCAGCCAAAUGGACAGAACUGGAGCUGCCUCUUCCUCUUCACCUGGCUUGCUCCUCCCUAGGGAAAAAGCAAAACUACUGCAUUCACACCCUGGACACAAGUAUUAAGCUGCUUACAGUUCAUAUGUACAUAUGGUGUACUUUAUUUUCAGUAGAGCAUUACAUAGUAUGAAAGUGUUGGAUUUUGUACAGAUGUCCCUGUAUGUACAGAACUAAAUAAAACCAAUCUCUUGGAAUGACA